UGCUAACGGUUGCGGGUCGGGCUUGGGGUACUUUGCUUUCGCAGGUGUUGCCGUUGAAGUCGGUAGAGGACGUUGGGAGCUUACUAUUUGACCAUAUAAAAGGAUCUACUGCAUGAGGGCAGCGAACGUUUGGUGUGGAUUGUGUUAUGCGGGUCGGGCAAUGACUCUGCAUUGAGGUCCGGACUCCGGAGCCCGAUGAGUUGGGCUUAACCAACGGCAAGGCCUGGACGGUAUUCUUGCACAUCUGUUUGCUUGAAGUCACAUAUACUUUAGAUGCUGUUGUUCUUGCGCUUUCUUAGCUGCUGAGUCGAUAGGUGACACAAAGAAGCAUGGAGGCGCGCCCAGCAGCCGGGGUUGGCCCCCGGCUGCCAGGACGCAUUACAGCAGAGCUUAUUUUGAGGAGCCCUCAAUACAUGAGCUGUAUUAAACAAUACGAGAUUGACCUGCGUGGGAACAAAAUUGCAGCAAUAGAGAACCUGGGCGCAACACAGAACCAAUUCGACAGCAUCGACCUCUCGGACAACGCAAUAGUGCGACUGGAUGGCUUCCCAAAGCUCCCGCGGUUAAAGCAGCUGCUACUGAACAACAACCGCGUGGGGAGAAUCUCGAGGGGGCUCGAAGAGUUCAUCCCAAACCUGGAGGUUCUCAUCCUCACCAACAACAGGAUAAACAACCUCCAGGACAUCGACCCGCUCGCCACGCUCCCUAAGCUGGAGCAGCUGUCGUUGCACGGCAACGCCGUGAUGACCAAACCCAACUACAGGCUGUAUGUGGUCAGCAAGCUGCCGCGACUUAAAGUGCUGGACUUCAAGAAGGUCAAGCAAAAGGAGCGCGACGCCGCCAAGGCGCUCUUCUCCUCCGCGGAUGCUCAGGCCAAGCACGCGUCCAACACCUUCGAACCGGAUGAGGACCUGGCGGCGGCGCAGCGGCAAGCGGGCGUGGCAGCGGCAGCAGCAGCAAACGGCGAAGCAGCAGCCGGGGCCGAGGCAGGGGCUGCAGCAGCUGCAGAGGAGGAGGAGGCUGUCCGCGCCUCUGCGGCCCCCAGUCAGGACCAGAUGGUGGCGAUCAAGGCGGCCAUUGCCAACGCGCAGACGCUGGAGGAGAUCCAGCGGCUGGAGGAGGCGCUGCGGUCGGGGCACCUGCCGUCGGAG